CUUUCUCCCGUCAUGCAGCGCGAGGAGGGAUUUAACACCAAGAUGGCGGACGGCCCGGAUGAGUACGAUACCGAAGCGGGCUGCGUGCCCCUUCUCCAUCCUGAGGAAAUUAAGCCCCAAAGCCAUUAUAACCAUGGAUAUGGUGAACCUCUUGGACGGAAAACUCAUAUUGAUGAUUACAGCACAUGGGACAUAGUCAAGGCUACACAAUAUGGAAUAUACGAACGAUGUCGAGAAUUGGUGGAAGCAGGCUAUGAUGUUCGGCAACCAGACAAAGAAAAUGUUACACUCCUCCACUGGGCUGCCAUCAAUAACAGAAUAGACUUAGUCAAGUACUAUAUUUCAAAAGGUGCUAUAGUGGAUCAACUUGGAGGUGACCUAAAUUCAACUCCAUUGCACUGGGCUACAAGACAAGGCCAUCUAUCCAUGGUUGUGCAGCUAAUGAAAUAUGGUGCAGAUCCUUCAUUAAUUGAUGGAGAAGGAUGUAGCUGUAUUCAUCUGGCCGCUCAGUUUGGACAUACCUCAAUUGUUGCUUAUCUCAUAGCAAAAGGACAGUCAGUAGGAACAGACUUCGUACAUGGCCAGAGCCCCUACAUGGCAAGCUUAAAUCGAGUUUUAGGUGUGGAUCCAACUAGAUUGCUUUUAACAUUCAAUGUUUCAGUUAACCUUGGUGACAAGUAUCACAAAAACACUGCUCUGCAUUGGGCAGUGCUAGCAGGGAAUACCACAGUCAUUAGUCUUCUUCUGGAAGCUGGAGCUAAUGUGGAUGCCCAGAAUAUCAAGGGUGAAUCAGCACUUGAUUUGGCAAAGCAGAGAAAAAAUGUGUGGAUGAUCAACCAUUUACAAGAGGCAAGGCAAGCAAAAGGAUAUGACAAUCCAUCUUUCCUCAGAAAGCUAAAAGCUGAUAAGGAAUUUCGGCAGAAGGUUAUGCUAGGAACUCCUUUCCUAGUUAUCUGGCUGGUUGGGUUUAUAGCAGACCUAAAUAUUGAUUCUUGGCUCAUUAAAGGGCUAAUGUAUGGUGGCGUUUGGGCUACAGUACAGUUUCUUUCAAAAUCCUUUUUUGAUCAUUCAAUGCAUAGUGCAUUGCCUCUUGGAAUAUAUUUGGCAACCAAAUUCUGGAUGUAUGUGACAUGGUUCUUCUGGUUUUGGAAUGAUCUCAACUUUUUAUUUAUCCAUCUUCCAUUCCUUGCCAAUAGUGUUGCACUUUUCUACAAUUUUGGAAAAUCUUGGAAAUCAGAUCCAGGAAUUAUUAAAGCUACUGAAGAGCAAAAGAAAAAGACAAUAGUUGAACUUGCAGAGACAGGAAGUCUGGACCUCAGUAUAUUCUGCAGUACCUGCUUGAUACGGAAACCAGUGAGGUCCAAACACUGUGGUGUGUGUAACCGCUGCAUAGCAAAAUUUGAUCAUCAUUGCCCAUGGGUGGGUAACUGUGUAGGUGCAGGCAACCAUAGAUACUUUAUGGGCUACCUAUUCUUCUUGCUUUUUAUGAUCUGCUGGAUGAUUUAUGGUUGUAUUUCUUAUUGGGGACUCCACUGUGAGACCACUUAUACCAAGGAUGGAUUUUGGACAUAUAUUACUCAGAUUGCCACAUGUUCACCUUGGAUGUUUUGGAUGUUUCUGAAUAGUGUUUUUCAUUUCAUGUGGGUGGCUGUACUACUCAUGUGUCAGAUGUACCAGAUAUCAUGUUUAGGUAUUACCACAAAUGAAAGAAUGAAUGCCAGAAGAUACAAGCACUUUAAAGUCACAACAACAUCUAUUGAAAGCCCAUUCAACCAUGGAUGUAUAAGAAAUAUUAUAGACUUCUUUGAAUUUCGAUGCUGUGGCCUCUUUCGUCCCGUUAUCGUGGACUGGACCAGGCAGUAUACGAUAGAAUAUGACCAAAUAUCAGGAUCUGGGUACCAGCUUGUGUAG